AUGGUAGGCCGUGCCCGUGCUAUCACUCAAGGCAAAUGCAGGUGCAGCAAGAGACGACGGGCUCACAAUUGCUUUGAGCCAUUCAGGCAUCCAGGCAAGUUCAAUGAGUUGAUCGGGCACCUCCGCUACCUGGGGCACAUGGACAAGAUGGAGGUCGACAAGGAGGCAUGGGGAGCCCUGCAACAUGCUUAUGAUGGGUACAAGAUCAAGAAGUUGUCUCUACUGGGUCAUUCCGUGUGUCAGCGCGCCUUCAAAAGCUUGCUGCGUUUGGGUUCAGGGAGGGUCAGACGGUUGGUCGAGUCUGUUCGUAAUGCAGAUGAAUCUUGCCCCAUGGACAUGCGAUAUUGCAGCAAGAAGUUUUCACCGGCCAUGGACUCUCCCAAGCGACAGCUCGUGCAUGAUUUCUUGCAUCACAUCUGCCAAACGUUAGCUGAGCCAAUGCCGGAAGGCACAGGCGCUUCCAAGCGUCCAAGAAGUGUUAGAAAGAGGGACGACAAGCUCAUGAUGCGUCGGACCAAUCUGAUUGAGAAAGCAUUGCCACCGGGAUCAUUCUACGAAUACCUGGCCAUGCUGCGGAGACAGCACCCGCAUGAGACGUUCUCUUACAAGCUCUUUUGUAACGAAUACAACCGCUUCAUUGCUCCCAAACUGACUGCAACUGCAGUCAUAGCCCAUGGCCAUGACAUGUUCCUCGGACUCUCAUUGUCAGGCGUUGCAUCGGACAGCAGCAGAACAGUUGACUUGUUGGCCAGGACUUUGGAGAGAUUCCGGGAGCCAGUUCUCAAGCAGGGUGCGCAAUGCUUACACACACCCUUUGACUACAUCCGAGUCCUUCAGGAGUAUCUUCUUCGGGAUGAUGUCAGGCCAAACGAAGGUGAUUCAGAGGUGGUUCUAGUCGACCAAGUGAGAGACUGGAGCCUUGAAGUAUAG